GUUACAUCUGCCAUCCUGUCGUCCGUCAGGGCAAGCGGUACGGGUGAAUAGAGCGGUGGCUUUCCCAGCGACGUCACCGUCGUCGGCAGUAUUAUCAUCACCAGUUGUGCCAUUGGUAGUAUAUCAGACCGAUUAUGCUGCUUGCAUAAGGCCUUAGCUUGGGUAUUUUACUACAGGAUGUAUGAGGGUCAGGGUUUUGUGUUGGCGUCUAACAUGUAGAUAUCCAGUCCUGAUCAUUAACACUAUCUCACAUAACACCUACAUUACGUCUUGGUAUCACUUAAUGAGCUCAGUGGCGUUCAAGAUACCAACAAACCAACCAGGCUUCGACGCAAAUAUGCAAUUCAUCGGGUUCCGCGGAUAUGUUUCCCUUUGUUGGUCCUUCUACCUCUUUCCAACCCCCGUCUCCAUCCCAACCUUAUUAUCGCAUACACUCCGAUCAUGAGCUCCAGAGAAACCGUACUCAUUACGGGCUGCAGCGAUGGCGAAAUUGG